GUCGGGACAUGGCCAGUUUAAAUGUUGGAUGCAUAUCAUGAGUUUGAAACACCAUUGAGCGGGUUUUCUUGUUAGGGAAGAGGGCGACAGUUUACAGUUCUGCCGUCUGACAUGCGUCUCCACGUUGUUAUCGCCGCUGCCUUUUGGUGUGGUUUCGUCGACUCGCGGAAAAUUAGAGGGAUAUCUUCGUCCUACAAGCGGUUCUACAGGGAGAGGAAGUCCUUCCUGUGCAUCGAUGGGUCGAAGAUCAUCCCCUUUGAGCAGGUGAACGAUGACUACUGUGACUGUGAAGACGGCUCUGAUGAACCAGGCACCUCAGCCUGUCCUCGUGGCCGAUUCUACUGCACCAAUCUGGGCUUCCGCCCACACUACAUCCCAUCAUCGCGAGUCAAUGAUGGCAUCUGUGAUUGCUGCGAUGCUUCAGAUGAAUACAACAGCCACGCUCGCUGCCAGAACACUUGCUGGAAUCUGGGACAGAGAGAGAGAGAAUAUGUGGAGGGCCAGAUGAGGACCUUGGAUGAGGGUUUGCAACUCAAGCAGCAACUGAUUGAGGAGGGAGUGCUCCUCUGGAGGGAGAAACAGGCGCAACUCAGAGAGCUUCAGCAGGUAGCCGAGGACCUACAGAUCAAAUUAGAGGAACACAGAAGGAAGAAACACGAGGCCGACCGACUCAAAGAGCAAACAUUAAAGGCUCUGGAAGCAGGGGACAGCAGUCUCAAACGUCAGAACAGCUCAGUCAGCAGCACUUUCAAGUUACUGGACAGCAAUAAAGAUGGCAGUAUAACAGUGGAUGAAGUCCAGGCCAAAGUGGCACUCGUCCACGAUGAAGAGCGGGUUCUCUCGGACGAUGAAGCAAUGGCUUUGUUGGGAGGCGGCUAUCAGGUGGAUCUCACCAAGUUUCAACACACACUCUGGGACAUCCUGACAAAAGGAGACAGUGUCAAGAUCAAAGACACACAUGGAGCACCAGGCAGCCUUGUGGGUGAAGAUCCUCACUUGAAGGCAGCUGACAGAGCUGCAGAGUGGGAGGCUACCAAUCUGAAGAAGGUAGAAGAAGCCUAUGAGACAGUCAACAUGGAAAUAAGUGAUCUCCGGAAGAAGUUGGCCAUAGACUAUGGACCAGAUUGGGAGUUCCUGUUUUUGAACAGCCAGUGUUACAAGCUGAACGUAUAUGAGUACACUUAUACCCUGUGUCCGUUUAAUGAAGUCACUCAAAAGAGCACAGCAGGAACAGAGGUCUCAUUAGGGAGGUGGGGGAUGUGGGCCGGAACACCAAAGAACCAGUACAGUCAGAUGGAGUAUGAGAAUGGAGAACCCUGCUGGCAAGGAGGUUCACGCAGUACUACAGUCACACUGACAUGCGGAACGGAGACAGCCUUGCGAUCGGUGAAGGAGCCCAGCAAAUGCCAGUACAUCAUGGACUUUCAGACUCCUGUGGCCUGUCAGCCGGUGCUGAAGCAGCGGGGCAUACACAGUGAACUGUGACCCCUUCCCUUACUGGCCUAGCCUAGAUUAACUUGCCCCCCCCCUGGCUAGCCCGCGGUGACAAGCUGGGGUCCUGAGGGUCUCCUCUGACAUCUGUGUUGUCAGAACAUAUAUACUUCCAAGCAAGUCUUGCUAAGGUCAGAAUCUGGUUUUCAGUAACACUGCUCCUGGGCCACUUUAGUUUUCAUUAAUUGUCACGGUGUUGCUUUACAUUGCCAUGUGUUAAUAUUUGAAUAGAGCAUUAAUUGAAUUACUUAGUGUACACAAGUAUUCUUCACACUGCAGUAUAUUCCUUAGACGGGUUAAUACUUAAGGCCCAACAAAAUCAUUAUGUAAAUAAUGUAAUCAGUAAAGUGAAACUAGGGUCUAAUGGCAUUUCCACUAAUGUAACUGCUUUGUCAAAUGAAAGCACAAAUAAA